AUGGCUCUUGAACAAGUUCUUCAACCUAACGAAUAUGAGAUUAGAGUUAAAGAUGACUGUAACCUAUGGGAUCAGUUAGCUGAAAUUCAAAAAAAAAAUGGAUGGACUACUCAGGAUUUAGGAACAACAUCUCUUCUCAGAGAAAUGGAUACAGUUACAUCUCUCUUUAUUGUCAGGAAAAAAGAUAACUUCCUUGUUGGAGCUACCGUUCUCAUUGAAACAGAAGAAUCGGUUUAUGCAAACGUUUAUGUGUUAAGAGACGGAUACCGUGCAUCCGGUUUGGGAAUGAAGCUUAUCAUUCGAUUCCAACAGCAAUUAGGCCCAUCUCUUGCUUGCAAACCAUUAAUAGCCCGAGGAGCUCCCGCAAUGAUGGAUAAAUAUAAAGAGGAACCUUUUAACGGAGUUCAUCUCUACGAGAUGUUCUAUAUCAAAUUUCAAUCAAAAAAGGAAAUCCUAGACUUCUUCCCCAUAGAAGGUGUUUGCAGUUAUGCUCUUCUCUCCGUCAGGAAUCUCAACCCAAAACAGUUCAAUGCUUUCAUCGAAUAUGACAAAAUGAUUACCGGAGUCAACAGAGAAAAGUUUUUGAGAAACUACUACAGCCUCGCUUUCGUUGAAGGAAUCGUUAUGUUCGAUUUGAAAGGAACAAUCAGAGGUGUUGCCGGAUCUGUGCCAACCAAUGGUGGUGACUACAUGUACAAAAUAAAUCCAGUCUAUGCCGAAAAUUCUAAUGACGCAGCUCAUUUGGUACAUGCACUUGUAAACCAAAUUCCUUUUGAUGCUGCUGAAUUCGUGACACAUAUUCGAACUCAAUCAGCUGGUGAUUGCUUGUUGAAGAGAGCCCGUGAUGUGAAUAAACCACUUGGCCUUGUUGGAGUUUUAUGUAGUGCAACCAAUUUGGAUCAAAUUUACACAGACCGUUCUAACUCAUCCCUCAUAUUUGCGCCGACAAACAGUCCAGCUCACUUCGAUGGAUAA